ACAGCAUCUUCAUAAAACAACGUGCAAGCAGGAAGAAAGGAAGACUAAAGAAACACUAACUUUUCAAUUUUCCCAUCAAGUUCAGAGGACACAGAUUAAAGGAAUGGGAUCUGUUGGAGUUCAGAUUGUAUGUGUGGCCCUCUGUGUCUUUGGCCUGAUUGGGGUCAUCGUAUGCUGCGCUGUCCCACUCUGGAAAGUGUCCUCCUUCACGGGAUCCAACAUCGUGACUGCACAGAGCACACAGGAGGGCCUGUGGACGAGCUGUGUGGUGCAGAGUACCGGACAGCAGCAAUGCAAGAACUACGAGUCCCUGCUGGUGUUGCCCUCUGAUCUGCAGGCCGCCCGUGCCAUGACCAUCAUCAGCUGCAUGUUAUCCUGCCUCAGCCUCCUCAUCUUAUUCUGUGGGGCCGACUUCACCACCUGCAUAGAGAACGAAGAUGCCAAGCCCAAGAUCAGCUUGGUGGCCGGGGUGGGCAUGCUGCUGGCCGGCCUCCUGGUAAUCAUCGCCGUCAGCUGGUCCGCUAACACUGUUGUGACAGACUUCAACAACCCCCUGGUGCCGGCUUCCAACAAGAAGGAGCUGGGACCGUGUAUCUUUGUGGGCUGGGGGGCCGGCGUGCUGCUCCUUCUGGGCGGAGGUCUGAUCUGCUGCUUCAGCAGGCCCAAAUCCGGCAGCUCCGGUGGAGCGGCCAAGUACUACAGCAAUAGUUCCGCCCCCGUCGCCAAUAAAAAUUAUGUGUAGUGUUAUGCUGGUGACGUUUUAAAUCU